AACGGUCAAGCGCAAUGGUGUGCCAAUACUCGGAUAAUGCCAUCAAUACGCACUCACAGCUUUUCAAAUUCCAACUAAGCCUGCUCGCGCUUGCUACAACACUCUUGGCCGUAACUCCCACCAUCGAUGGCGCCAAAAUACUCGCAGUCUAUGCAUAUCCGGGCAAAAGUCAUUUUAUGAUGCAUCGUGUGCUGAUAAGCGAGUUAGUGAAGCAUGGACAUGAGGUAACAAUGAUAACGGCAUUCACACUGUCGCCGCUCAAUCUAGGCAGUAAUUACACAGAAAUACUCAUCGAACCGGUUUACGACUACUUGAAGGACGUACAAACGAAUGCUGGCGCCAAUUCGAUUUUUGACAUGUCCAAAGACGUAUCCGGCUUUUUGGGUAUGAUUAAAUCAAUUUGCAUAGCCAGCACAGAACAUGCGCUCAAACAGGCCAAAGUGCAGGCGAUCAUCAAUGCCGAACACACUAAAGGUGUCUACGAUUUGCUGCUGGUGGAACAGUUCUAUCAGGAUGCAUUUUUGGCUUUGGCACAUAUCUACAAUGUGCCCGUAAUCAGCACUGCCACAUUUGCCAAGGAACAUUAUAUGAGUCAAAUGUUUGGCCUAAUAACGCCUUGGUCAUAUGUGCCACAUGGAUCGCUGCCACUCACAGAUCGCAUGAGUUUUUGGGAACGCGUACAAAAUGUGUAUAAUUCGCUUGAUACAGAUUUUAGUAGGGAGUUUAAGUAUUUUCCAGUGGUCGAUGCGAUGGUGAAGAAAUAUUUCAGACAUUUACCGAUCAAAUUCCCCAGCGCCUCAGCGAUGAACAAAAAUCUCUCCGCCAUCUUUAUCAAUAACUACACACCUUUAUCGACUGCAGGUCCAACCAUGGACAAUAUGAUAAAUGUCGGAGGCAUGCACAUUUAUCCACCGAAACCACUUCCCACAGAAAUUCAAUCGUUUUUGGAUGGAGCUGAGCAAGGCGCUGUCUAUUUCAGCCUGGGCAGCCAAGUGAAAAGCAAAGAUAUGCCAGUGGAAAAGCUUUUAAUUUUUCUCGAUGUAUUUCGUAGUAUGCAGCAGCGUGUCUUAUGGAAAUUCGAAAAUGAAAGCAUUAUUAAUAUACCCGCAAAUGUUAUGGUGAAGAAAUGGUUGCCACAAAGUGACAUCUUGGCACACCCUAAUGUACGCGUAUUCAUCACGCAUGGCGGGCAGCUGGGCUUGCAGGAAGGUGUGCAUUAUGCAGUGCCAAUGCUGGGUAUGCCCUUCUACUGUGAUCAGCACCUCAAUCUGAAGAAAGCUGAAUUUGGCGGCUAUGCCGUUACCUUGGAUUUCCAUAAGCUUACACGUGAAACUUUGAAGGACGGUCUGCACCAGUUGCUCUUCAACGCCACCUAUCGCGAAAAUAUCAAACAAAUUUCACGCAUUUUCCACGAUCGUCCAAUGGGGCCGCGUGAGACGGCACUCUACUGGAUCGACUAUGUGAUACGCCACAAUGGGGCGCGUCAUUUGCGCGCUGCUGGCUUGGAUUUGAAAUGGUACCAAUUCUAUUUGUUGGAUGUAGCUGCUCUCUUCAUGGCUAUUAUGUUUUCAAUAAUGGGAAUUGGUUUUGUAUUCGUGCGUUGGCUGUUACGGCGCUGCAGCAGUGGCAAGCCACAAAAGAAAAAACUCAAUGAUGAAUAGUUUUCAAAUACCUCUGUCAAUGAAAGUGUAUAUCCUUACGUUACUUUUAAGUUCUAGACUGGUACAAUUACUAAUUUUAAUAUAUGUAUAUAUUUUUUUACGUAGAAAUAACUGAAAUAAAAUUAAUUCAUCUGAGCUAUCGCCAGUUGAA